GCUUGCCUUUUGUGGGCUGGACAGGUGCUCGGGUGGGCCUUUUUGUUUGUUUGUUCUUUUUUUUACUGUCUUGUUUUUUUGGCCGCAGUAAAGAAAUGGAAUGGGAAGCGGCGGCCGAGAGCACCCCGUGGCCAGUAAUCAGUCCAUUUCUUCGUCUAUCUCUCUGUUCUUUCUCUGUCAAAAAGCCAAAGAUCUCUGCGGUGGAACGAAAGAAAUCGCCUUUGCUCUUGAACGGCCAGUGAGAGCCUGGGCGAUGUUGCUAGUGGAGUACUUAGAGAUUAAUUAGGAUCUUUGGCCGAGAAGAUCUGGAAUAGUAUUGAGCAAAAGUACUGCCAGUACUGCUAUUUUUAUGCUAUGACUUUUUGAGAGUCAUUAAAUCAGGGAGACUUCGUUUGCAGGAGAACAAAUAUUAAUUAAGCUAGUUCUUCCAUGCUUCUAUACAGGAGGAGCAUGUGUUUUUAGGGUGCCUAAGUUGACCUUUUGUUAGGAUAUAACCUCUACUAGUCAUUUUUUUUGACAACUUGAUCUUGCUGUUGUUUCUGCUGAGUGCCGACACAGCGGGGAUAUUUGUUGGCACAUGCCCCUAGUAGUUUGUCACCACUGCUAUAUUAGAUUAAUUAGGGGCAACAAUAGUUCUUUUUUGUUGUGUAUAAAUAAUGGCGCUUAGCAUCUGGUAAGCAGGAUUUGGGUUCACACCACAGUCAUAAACAUACAGGAAUAAAUGCUGAAAUCUAGAUAUUUUGCAAUCAUUCAUUUUCUAGUUAUGCUUUUCUGAAUCCAGUUUUUUACUUUUUCAUAUUUGUGCUGUUAGUGAGUUACCCAUUUAAUUAUUUUCUUUUUUGCUUCUAUUUUAUGCGCACAGGAGAUGGCUUGUGGAGUUUGUUUGAACCAUUGCAACUAUGAGAGCGAGGGAAGCGGUUUCAGCAUGUAUGUAUGGGAGCACUUCAAAAACGCAGGGGUUGUGCCAUGCAAUGAAAGGGUCCGUUUCAACAACAUGAUGGGAGCGAAGUGCACAGACACUGACAUGGAUGACGAAGGAUGCGACCCUGAGCAAAAGAAAUGCAAAAGGCAAAGAGCAGUGUGUUGAAGAUAUAGAGUCAGAAGAGGGAGGAUAUCAUGUAGAAAUCACGUACAUGGAAGUGUCGGAGGGCUUGCCUACACUGGUUUGUAACCUCUAAAUAUAUUCAUAUGUUUUCUAGAGUUUUAGUAGUUGAUACAGGACGUUAACUAGGAAAAACAUGAUCUUUAACUUGUUGUGUUGCCUUGUCUCCAUGCUUUUUGCUGUAGUUUUAAAAUAGCUAAUGCAUGAAUUUUGUUAACUAGCUACUUGGUGUCUAUGUAAGUUGCUAGUUGACUUGCUGAAAAAACAUCCAUAAGUUCUUGUGAUCAACUCCAUGAACCAUGGACGGCACCGUUCAAUUUAGCAUACAGUUUCUUGUCUCUAUCUGCUGGGCUUUAUUUUGUUCCUUUUUGUUUGUCCAAUAGCUUUUUUCACAUGUGUUGGUAAAAAAUAUUUUCAUAGGCCAGCCCGACCCAAUCAGAACAAACAAAUUAAGAAAGCCCAGCCAAAACAAACAAACAAACAGGAAAAUAAAGAAAAAAAAACCCAGAAGCCAGGUCGGAUACAGUCCAGGAGAGGGAGAGCUGGUCAACAGGCCUAAUCUGCAUGGGUGACAUCAGCCGACUGAGACUUCAGUCGACUGAUACGUAGACAGACCCUUCCUGCAAACUUCCAACAGUCAAACCCCUCAACGCUCCUCCCUCCCACGUCCCUCCCCCCUUGGACCGAACCGCCGCGCGCCCAGACCACUCUGACCAAGUCAUGCAUGCACGCACGCUCUCGGCCAAUCCCACACCGUCCAAAUCCUCACCUCCACCACCAUCAACGGCCCCCGUGCCGGCCACGUCUCUUCGGGAAACCGCCCGUCCCCCGCCCCACCCAUGUACUCCACCGGCGCCACUUCCUCGUCUGACUCCGACCCUAUAUAAGAUCCUCCUCGGCUUGACAGAGCUCACGAGAGACACCAGCCCAAUCACAGCGAAUCGCCCGCUCGCUGCACACACUAGAAAGAAGAGCCGGCAGCCAGCGACGCUCGAUAGAGCAAGCAAGCCAUGGCCGGCCUCCUGCUCUCGGCCGCCGUUGCCUGCGUCCUUCUCGCCGGCGCCGUGUCCGCGUCGUCGUCGUCGUCGCCGCGGGUGUUCACCGUCGGCGGCGACGAGAGGGGCUGGCGGCAGCCGGCGCCCGGCGAGGAGACCUACAACCACUGGGCCACCAAGAACCGCUUCCACGUCGGCGAUUUCCUCCAUUUCAGGUACGAGAAGAACGACUCGGUGCUGGUGGUGACGCGCGACGACUACAAGCGCUGUGGCGCGGACAGGCCGGUGCUCCGCCUCGAGGGCGGCGAGGCGAGGUUCCGGCUCGAGCGGAGCGGCUUCCUCUACUUCAUCAGCGGCGCGCCGGGCCACUGCGACGCCGGCCAGAGGUUCACCGUGCGCGUCAUGGCGCAGAGGGACAACGGCCCCGCCUCCCCGACGGAAGCCCCCGCCAUGUCUCCCGGCGGGUCCUUCAACUCCACGCCGGGGGCCGGAUCAGGAUCCACGCGCACGCCGCCCCGCGGAAACGCCGGCGACGGAAAGGCCAGCGGCGCCGCACCCAUGCGCGCGCCCUUCGGUGGCUAUCACGCCGUUGGCGCUGCUCUGGUAGUGGGUACCGCCGUGCUGGUCUUUGCAUGAGAUGCUCGUUGCGUUGCAUGCAUUGUGCGUGUGCAAGCUGUUGGUAGUCUUCCAAGAUCGUAGACAGUCUAGAAUCAUUUGCUUAACUUGUUUGAUUUGUUGUGCCCUUUGUGUGGUAGGCUGGUAGCAUGUUGUGUUAAUUACUAGUUAUUAUUACAUACGUACUAGUUUGGACGUAAUUUGUUAACUUCUUGCGAAUUGUGAAAUUCUUGGUUAUUCAAAUUA